AAAUAUAGGGGCUCCAAAAGAAGAUUAAAUGGGCUUGAUAAAGCCUAUAUUUUGUAUGACAGGCUAGACGCUGAGGGAGCCCAUAAAAGAUAUAGACAAGGCCAUAUUCAAUCUAAGCCCAGUAAAAAUGUCUACCAACCGCAUACAGCAGAAGGGACAACAGUGAUUCCAAUCCCUUCACCAAAUCAAUCAUCAAUCACUUAAAAAGUUCCAGCAAUCAUACGGCCUUUGCUGCACUUUAAAUCGCAUCGCAUCGCAUCACAUCUGAUCUCAUCUCUCUCACCCUCCCUCCAAUCAUAUGAAAACUCACCAAAAUGCCGCCAGUCGCUCUAUCUUUUCCCCCAACCCCGAGAAACAAGAACGAGUCAAACAACGCGCCCACGCGCCAUCGCGCCUAGUCUCCUUGAUCCCAACAGAGGAGUAGUAACAAAAGUAACAAACCCAAAACCCAAAAUCCCCCAACCGAAAAUUAUAAUCCCCAAACCCUCACAGUCAUUCAUACAUAACAAUAAUUCAGUUCCAAAUUUUUAUUUUUUAUUUUUUAUUUCUUAAGAAAAAAAAAGGAAAAAGAAAAAGGAAUUUGAAAAUUGAAGAAAUUUUACGAGCUAACUGUAAAGUCCUGAAAUGGCGUCGUCCAAAGUAAUGGCGUCGUCUAAACCAAAAUCUUCGGAUCUGACGGCACCUACCACUCGAUCUCGACGCCCUUCUUCUUCUUCUUCUUCUGAUCAAGUUAAAAACCUCAGUUACAACUUCAAUUCAACAACAACAGCUGCAUCAUUAGUGACACCAUCGUCAUCAACGAUGACAGUGGACGGAAUCAUACGCAGCAGCAACAACAACAACAGCAACAUAUAUUCAACUCCAGCUCCAAUACCAACAACAGCUGAUUCAACUCUCCUCGACGCGCAAAUUACCCUAAUUGACAACCCUACCCCUCCUCCACCACCUCAAAUGGAAACUAGUACCGCCGCUAUUAGUCAGAGUAAUAAAACGGUGGACGAUGUUUGGAGAGAAAUUGUAUCCGGAAGAAAAGAGAUGAAGGAAGAACAGCCUGAUGAAAUGAUGACGCUGGAAGAUUUUCUCGCUAAAGCCGGUGCUGUUGAUGUUGUUGAGGAUGAGGAUUUAGAUGAUGAGGUUAAGAUGCCGUUGCCUUUGCCGUCGCCGUUGAGUAGUGGUGGAAUGUAUGCCUUUGAUAGUCCGGUUUCUGUUCCCCAGGCUAGUAAUGCAUUUCAGAUUUUGGAUAAAGUUGAGGGUUCGAUUGUUGCCUUUGGAAAUGGGGGUAAUACUGGUGGUGGUGGAAGAGGGAAAAGAGGGAGGAGUGUGGUAAUGGAACCCUUAGAUAAGGCCGCGCAACAGAGACAAAGGAGGAUGAUUAAGAAUAGAGAGUCUGCUGCUAGGUCUAGAGAGAGAAAGCAAGCUUAUCAAGUGGAAUUGGAGUCUUUGGCUGUAAGGUUAGAGGAGGAGAAUGAGCAGAUGUUGAAAGAGAAGGAAGAGAGGACAAGAGAAAGGUUUAAACAGCUUAUGGAGAAAGUGGUGCCUGUUGUGGAGAAGAAAAGACCGCGUCGUAUGCUUCGGAGAGUAAACAGCACGCAGUGGUAGAUUUAUGUGCUCAAGGUGUGGGAUGGAAGACACAUACCCUUAACAUGGAGAGGAAUUAAUAGUUGUUUUGUUAAUUAAAAAUUUAUUUUUCAUUUCUAUUAGGUGUUUGAACCCGAUUGUUAUCUGAGAGCAAUCGUGGUUUAUGAUAAAAGGGGGCAAGAGAAAAAAAAAAAAAAAAAAGAAACAGAGGGAUUGAAUUGAAGGAAAAUUCCUUCUUGACUUGAGUAGGAGAGCUCCAUCAUAUAUGGUAAGAUGGAUGGCAGAAAGUCUUUUAGUUUAUUUAUGUAGCUAGCAGGUAAUGCAAUACAAAAACCUUUGUUUCUCCUGAUUGCUAUGCUAUUUAUAUGGGUGAGAAGAGGGUUUCUGGACUGGAACACUGUAUUUAUGUUUUGUCUACUUAUGAUUAGGGCUGCAAAUGAAUCAAGCCAUUUACAAAGAGCUUCGA